AAGCAGAGACGCAUGACGUCACAGACUGGGCAUCAAUCGUCUUGCUCCUUCUAGCGCAUGAAAAAUGAAUGGGCGCGAAAGAGAUCACUGUAGCGCGUAAAUGUUGUGAAUCGAGUUAUUUUUUUCGUAACUGAGUGACGUUCAAGUACAACCCAUUGAAAUGAUAACAAACAAGGUGAUAAGGGCUAAGUGUUGAAUAAAGUUAACGUCGUUGAUGCUGUCGAGAAGUGUUUAUGGUGUGAAAAUGUCAUAAAGUUGUGAUAAUGUGGCAUAAAGCAAAGUUUGUACAAUAAAUUAAUGUGUUUAUUAAUGAAAUGUGUUGUUACGCACUUGAGCUUCCCUCGGCGGGUGACGUGAGCGGCAGUGCUGCCGCGGCGGCAGAAGCUCUGAACUAAACGACAGUAGCUAAAGAAUCGCUCGGUACGUCGCGACACCGAGCGAUUUUCUUAAUUUUCCACGAAAAUGGCCAACAGUUUCGAACCAAUGGCCAAAUCAAAGCAUUUCCCGAUAGAUCAGCUAGUCCGAGUCGGCAAUUACAAUCUAGAAAAGACAAUAGGAACGGGGAAUUUUGCGGUGGUUAAACUAGCUACACAUGUAAUAACGAAAUGUAAGGUCGCGAUCAAAAUAAUAGACAAAAGCCGACUGGACGAAGACAACCUGAAGAAGACGUUUAGAGAAAUAGCGAUUAUGAAGAGACUGCGGCACCCACACAUAGUCCGAUUAUACCAGGUGAUGGAGAGCACACACACGAUAUACCUAGUGACAGAAUACGCUCCGAACGGGGAAAUAUUCGAUCACCUAGUAUCGAAAGGGCGCAUGCCGGAGCCGCAGGCAGCGCGGCUAUUCUCACAAAUGGUGUCGGCAGUAGGGUACUGCCACGCUCGAGGGGUCGUGCACAGAGACCUCAAGGCGGAGAACCUUCUGCUGGACACACAUAUGAACAUCAAGUUGGCAGACUUCGGGUUCAGCAACGAGUACGUACGCGGGGGUGCUCUGGCCACGUGGUGCGGCAGUCCGCCAUACGCCGCGCCAGAACUCUUCGAGGGACGGAGAUACGACGGGCCCAAGGCAGACAUAUGGUCGCUGGGCGUGGUCCUAUACGUGCUGGUGUGCGGCGCGUUACCCUUCGACGGCGGCACGCUGCACGAGCUGCGGGCUGUCGUGCUGGCGGGCAAGUUCCGGAUACCGUACUUCAUGUCGCAAGAAUGCGAGCAGCUGAUCCGGCACAUGCUGGUGGUGGAGCCGGAGAAGAGGUUGUCGCUCCGCGGCGUCGCCAAGCACCGCUGGCUGUCCACACACCACGCCGGCCCCGGCCCUCCUGCGCCUAUAGAUCCAUCGACGGGGGCGUGCACGUGCCACCCGGCCGGCGUCGCCGCGACCCCCUCGCGCGACACCGUGCUGUCCCACAUGCUCACCCUGCCCGGGCUCACCCCCGACCUCAUACAACAGUCUGUCCAAGAAGAACGUUUCGACCACAUCUCGGCCAUCUACCAUCUACUCAUGGACAAAGUGCAGCAGCGGACCCAGUGGAUACACAGAGAUUCCCUGGAGUCGCCGACGGGAGACCAAGGUGGCGGAGCCCUAGAUCUCACAAGCUGUAAGAGCGGGACAGACGAGCAGAUGGACGCCGAGGACUCGUCUCAAGACUGCCUGGUUUUGCCUGACGCUGUGGACUACUUGUCUGAACGGACCGACAGCCUGGAACAGUUCGGGUCUAUGGGCGGCGUGGCGGUGGCGGCGGCGCGUGCGCAGCCCGCGGACCCGCAGCGGCGACACACCGUGGGCCCGCAGCCCCGCUACGACCAGAUGGAGGUGGGCGUGGCGCUGGGCUCGGCGGCGUCGGCCGACGGGCGGAACGCGCCGCUCUACGUCUCCGAAUUCGCUCAAAGUUCGUCGCGAGAGGCGCCGGUGGUGUCCAUGUUGCCCCACACCAACUUGGCCGCACCCCUCCCCGCGUGGCACCACUUUAGCGUCAAGGACCAGCACUUAUUGAAGCCGCCGAUAGCCAUGCAGAGUCAGGCGUCCACGUUCGGCCGGCGCGCGUCGGACGGGGGGGCGCACGUGCCGCGCGGGAGGGAGAGGGCCUGCUGCCACAGCGCGCCGCCGCACCACGUGUCAGACAGCGGAGCUCCCGCGCCGCAAGAAGACACCGAACAAACCGAAGACAUAUGCAGGUAUAUGAUGAACCGCGGCAGCAGUAAGCGGCACACGAUGGCGACCACGGAGGACGCGGCCAACACCGCCGCCGGACCUAUGCCGGCUACAUCCCCCUCGUCGUCGGCCAACAUCCGCGUCAGAAGGACGGGUCUGCUGACGGUGACGGAGCGCCCUCCCGUAAUAAGUCCAGAAUUAGUAAUGGAAGUGGAGGCGCGCAUGAAAAGGAACUACCUCCCGCCGUCCAUCGGAUACCAAUACCAGUACCCUAGUGGAUACCAGAGCCCACCCUCGCAGAGCCCAACACUGGGCUCCAUCACCGCCGGCACGCCCAACCCCAUACCAAAUAUAGAACCGGUACCGAAAACCGGUUCCAUCAUGUCUGGCACGCCCAUCACUACUCAAGCCGUAACGCCCUACACGCCUAACGUACUCUCAAAUUACACAAACCAAGGAUCUAUAAUGACUGGAACGCCUAUCAAUACCGGUUUUGAAACCAAUUAUAAUUACAAUAAUUUCGUACCGGGAUCUAUAACCAGCGGGACGCCAGCGGCGUAUCAGAAUCAAACAACGAAUACCGGUUUCCAAGUACCGGUUUCGCCCGCUCAGUACACUCAGACGCAUAAUACCGGUUUCCAAGUACCGGUUCCGCCCGCUCAGUACACUCAGACGCACAAUAACAGGCAGAGGAAGUAUUCGGGCCCGCAGCGAGUCAAGUUACAACUGUUAGCCACUGUACAGGAGAAUAUGGCGCGCGAGCACGCGGAGCGCUACUCGCCGGUGCGGCGCGCUGAGUGUUCCCCGCCUCGAGUCGCGCACGACCUCGCCUCGGCGAGGCUAGAGUACCAGCAACUUCAGCGCGGGUUAGAGCGACGCGGCGCGGGCGCGGGCGCGGGGGGGGCGGGCGCGGCCGCGGCGCCGCCGCACGACGUGCGCCUGCACACGCCCGCCGCCUCCAUGCCCAACUCACCGAUCCACGGCGCCUCCCCGCCGGCGUUAGAGCUGUCCUCGCUGCCUGAACCUGAACUGCCGCACAUGCUGCUCACUCAGGACUUAGCGCUAAAGUUGGGGUUGAAGUACGGCGGGGAGUUCGCGACGCCCCCCGCGCCCCCCGGCUCCCCGCUGCGGCAGAUCACCGAGGGGCUCAGCUAUCUGCACACCGGCUCCAUCACUAGAGGGACCCCUCAAGCGAACGCGACGCCCUUGGACCUCCGGCAGAACGCCGACAUGGACACCGGCCACAUGCACCCCAGCCUGCAUCCGCUGCACCACGUCCACAGGUCCUUGAACAAUAGCCCGAUCUCGAACCCCAGCUCGCCGCUCGACAUGAUCCAGGAGGAGAUCCACAACGGGUGCUCGCAGCUCGGCUUCACACAGGAGAUGAACCGCAACCUUCAGCAGCAGUUCCAGCACUACGUCUCCACGCACCCUCAGAUCAGCCUGACCGACUGUCUCGGCUCCGAGAUCACCCUCGUCGCCUCCUCCUCGGAGGACAGCAUGGACAGCUUGGAGAACACCAAAUACCCCCUCCCACAGUUCGUCAUAUCUGAACCUUCUGAUCUAGAACCCUCCAUAACUAAAGGCAUCGGCAGAAAAGUCAGUCAGGAGACUGAGGCUGUUGAAGAGAAGGAUACGGAAAUGCAGAGCCCAAAAGACGAGGAUAAGAGCAGAAGAAACAGUGAAAAGAGCUUAGGUUUCAGCGAUGACUCUUUAAGCAACGAUUCUGCUAACGCGUCUCCAAAUUGCGAGCAGAAUAUACAGUCAAUUUACUCAAAUAUAGUCUCUAUUAGCUCAGGUUUUAGCGAGAAUCGCGGAAGCUUCUCGGAUCACAGGGAAUCUUUCUCGUUCUCAGACAGGGGUAGCUUCUCGGAGCGCGGCGAUUUCGGACGAUCAUCCUUUUCAGAGCGGAGCGACUUCGGCCGAGGCAGCUUUUCGGAAAAGGGUGAAACGCCCAGAUCGUCCUUUUCAAAUCAGGGUGUUUUAGGAGAUGUACAGGAGGAGUUUUUCCCUAGGGAUAGGUUAGAGAAAUGCGACGAAGGCGAGGAGUUAGAGAAACUACAGAAAUCAACUAUGGACUUACGGUUAACAGACAUAUGUCGGCCGGACGAAAAGAUACCUAUAUUAUUAAGCCCUCAAAAAGUCUCAUGUAUACAGGAAUCUUAUGAAGUAAUGUUGUCAACGGUAUGUUCUAAGUUGGAUUCACAAAGUAUAGUAGAGUUACUAAAAGACGCGAUAAACUCCAGAGUACCGCCGCAGAACAUAUUCGUGGAGACUCAGGAGAGCCCCGAUGAUACUCUGACGGGCUUGAACCUGGAGUACUCUGGGGGUAUUCAGAUAGAGCUGGUGCUGUGCGAGAACAAGGCUAUGGAGAAGAAGGGGCUUAAGAUGAGGAGGAUCUCCGGAGACCAGCGGGAGUACGGCAAGCUGUGCCAGCAGCUCAUCACCAGCCUCACGGUCUGAACAUCAAAGCUUUUAAUUUGCAAUGUAUACAGUGUGGGAAAGAAAUAUGGCUGUCUGUAAAGUCGGUUUACGGACGAUAAUUUUGCGUGAUAACGUCAUAAGAAAACAUUGUUGAAAAAUUGCCGUAA